UGAUCAGGACCGAUGACCCGCGGUCGAUACUGCAGCCACUGCGGAAGAGGAAAUCACAAGUGCAGGAAGUGACUUAACAGCAACAACCUGCGGCCGCCCGCGCUGAGUUCGCUGCCGCUUCUGCUCCUGUGCGGUAACCACGCAGCCGUACGUUGAGUGUGAGCUCAUCUGAUGCGCGGCAGAUCACGUGUCGAAGUGCGGGACGUUGAAAAGCUUCCUGCUGUGCAACAGGAAGCCCGCAGCGGAGUCACGACGGGUCAGGUCAUCACGUCAGUGCUGCACCGAGUGAAGGAGCGGCUCCGGUUUCUCUGGGACCACAUGUGAUUGUGUACUCGUUGACUUGAUUUUGUUGUUUGGUUUGUCUGAGAUGUGACAGACGGACAAACUGAAGAAUGAAGCAGUCUGAUGGUACGAAUGCAGUUUUUAAUGACACACAGCAGGUUCAUCGUCACAGCAAUACGUUCCAAGUCCUACUGAAACUCAAACUCUACGACUCCAGUUAAAAGCAUUAAGAGCACUUUCACAAUGACUUGUUUACAGAAUGGUAGCACCAGGAAGAGGAAGAAUAAAUAAUGAGAAGACGGGCUGAGGGCGCGUCUGUCCACAAGAAGACAACAUCUGCUGCAGAGACAUUUCAACAGAAAAGGACGUCUGAGUGGAACUUUAGUGUUUCCAAAAGUCACCUGGAAAAGCAGACGUGCAGCAGGUGUUGGUCACAGGGUUCGUUAACCAGUUGCUGACUGCUGAUUGGACGGACAGCAGGUUACAAAGGGUUGUAGUGGGUAUGAAACUGUACACAACACUGAGGCCGUCAGUUUGACCUCCACCUGAUACACAAACAUCCUCACUGUCAGGUUAUUCACCGCCUGUAACCACGGACACGCCGCCAUGUUGGGUGGCAGCCAAUCACAUCGACUGGGAUCGAUGUGUCGUGUCUCACUGGCCCAGCGUUACAGUGUGGUGCUGUGAGCCGCUGUUUUAUGUCCAAGUGGACACAAACUGAGGACAAAAACGAAGGGACCCAAGAUUGAACCCUGUGGGAUGCCACGUCCGAUACCAACUUCGUGCUGGGGAACGCUCAGAUCGUGGACUGGCCGGUCGUCUACAGCAACGAUGGCUUCUGCAAGCUGUCUGGAUACCACCGAGCCGAGGUCAUGCAGAAGAGCAGCACCUGCAGCUUCAUGUAUGGAGAGCUGACGGACAAGGAGAUGACCGAGAAAGUCCGACAGACCUUCGAGAACUACGAGAUGAACUCCUUUGAGAUUCUGAUGUACAAGAAAAACCGGAUGCCCGUUUGGUUUUUCGUGAAGAUCGCUCCAAUCAGGAACGAGCAGGACAAGGUCGUCCUGUUUCUCUGCACCUUCAGUGACAUCACCGCCUUCAAGCAACCAAUCGAGGAUGAGUCUUCAAAAGGUUGGGGUAAGUUUGCCCGUCUGACUCGUGCGCUAACCAGCAGUCGAGGUGUCCUUCAGCAGCUCGCUCCAGCUGUCCACAAAGGAGAGAACGUCCACAAACACUCACGGCUGGCCGAGGUUCUUCAGCUGGGCUCGGAUAUCUUGCCUCAGUACAAGCAGGAGACCCCGAAGACGCCACCACACAUCAUCCUGCACUACUGCCUCUUCAAGACCACGUGGGACUGGGUCAUCCUCAUCCUCACCUUCUACACCGCCAUCAUGGUGCCCUACAAUGUCUCCUUCAAGACCAAGCAGAACAACGUCACCUGGCUGGUGGUGGACAGCAUCGUGGACGUCAUCUUCCUCGUCGACAUCGUCCUCAACUUCCACACCACCUUCGUGGGCCCGGCAGGAGAGGUCAUCUCCGACCCAAAACUCAUCCGCAUGAACUACGUCAAGACCUGGUUUGUCAUCGACCUGCUGUCCUGCCUGCCCUACGAUGUCAUCAACGCCUUCGAGAACGUCGAUGAGGGGAUCAGCAGUCUCUUCAGCUCUCUCAAAGUGGUCCGUCUGCUGCGUUUGGGUCGGGUUGCCAGAAAGCUGGACCACUACAUCGAGUACGGCGCUGCUGUGCUGGUUCUGCUGGUGUGUGUGUUCGGCCUGGCGGCCCAUUGGCUGGCCUGCAUCUGGUACAGCAUCGGAGACUACGAAGUGAUCGACGAGGACACCAACAGAGUGAGGGAGGACAGCUGGCUGUUCCUGCUGGGGGAGACGGUGGGGACGCCUUACAGAUUCAACGUCUCGGGUUCGGGCCGCUGGGAGGGGGGCCCCAGUAAGGACUCGGUUUACAUCACCUCGCUGUACUUCACCAUGACCAGCCUGACCAGCAUCGGCUUCGGAAACAUUGCACCCAACACAGACGGAGAGAAGAUCUUUGCUGUGGCCAUGAUGAUGAUCGGAUCGCUGCUGUACGCCACCAUCUUCGGUAACGUCACCACCAUCUUCCAGCAGAUGUACGCCAACACCAACCGCUACCACGAGAUGCUCAACAGCGUCCGAGACUUCCUCAAGCUCUACCAGGUUCCCAAAGGCCUGAGCGAGCGAGUGAUGGACUACAUCGUGUCCACCUGGUCCAUGUCCAGAGGCAUCGACACUGACAAGGUGCUGCAGAUUUGUCCGAAGGACAUGCGAGCAGACAUCUGCGUCCACCUCAACAGGAAGGUGUUUAAAGAGCACCCGGCGUUUCGGUUGGCCAGUGACGGCUGCCUGCGGGCCCUCGCCAUGGAGUUCCAGACCGUCCACAGUGCGCCAGGCGACCUCAUCUUCCACGCCGGAGAGAGCGUGGACAGUCUUUGUUUCGUGGUGUCGGGGUCACUGGAGGUCAUCCAGGACGACGAGGUGGUGGCCAUCUUAGGUAAAGGUGACGUGUUUGGUGACGUGUUCUGGAAGGAGAUGACUCUGGCGCAGUCCUGCGCUAACGUGCGAGCGUUGACCUACUGCGACCUCCACAUCAUCAAGCGAGACGCGCUGCAGAAAGUCCUGGAGUUUUACUCCGCCUUCGCUAACCACUUCGCCAGAAACCUGGUGCUGACCUACAACCUGAGGAAGAGGAUCAUCUUCAGGAAGAUCAGUGAUGUGAAACGUGAGGAGGAGGAGAUGUUGAAGAGGAGGAACGAAGCUCCUCUGAACCUCCCCCCAGAUCAUCCAGUCCGAAGACUCUUCCAGCGUUUCCGGCAGCAGAGGGAGGCGCGGCUCGCCACCGAGCGGGCCAAUCAGAGUGCUGGAGAUGUGGAGAAAGGUGUUGUUGCCCUGGAACCACCCAGAGGUCCAGAGGUGCUGGCCUCCACCAGUAUAGUCAUGGUAACUGAGAGCCCAGCCACACCCACCACCUCGUCAACAUCCACCGCUUCAUCUUCGUCCAGGAGCUCUAGCCGAGUCACGCUCCACGCUCCUGCCACCCAAAACGGAAACCUGAUCGGCUGCAAAUCCGCAGAGCCCGCCAAAGCUAAAGGCUGGGGGCGAUUCAAGGAGUCGGUUGUGAAGGCUGAGUCGUGGAGCAGUGUCUCUAAGGCCGAGUCCAUGGAGACGCUACCCGAUAGAACUAAGUCACACGACGAGAUGUCCCUCAAGAAAACUGACUCCUGUGACAGCGGCAUCACAAAGAGUGACCUCCGUUUGGACAACGUUGGCGGGGUCAGAACGCCGCAGGAGCAAAGUCCAGUCCAGUCUGAUGAGAAGAGGGUCUUCUGUCCGAUACCAGAGCAGAGCAUGCAAGCCUCCUUCAUCGAGCUGAAGCAAGAGUUAAAAGGAGACAUCAGGUCUCUGAACAGUCGCAUGGCAGCGUUGGAGGCUCAGCUGGCUGAGAUGCUGCAACUUCUCAAAUCCAGGAAGUCGUCAGGCUCCUUCUUCGAGGUCUCACGGCCUCCUUCCCCUGACUCCGACAAGGACAGCUUCUCCUAAACGUGACAUGGAGUCAUGUGGAACUGAACUCAACCCGUUCAGCGUCUGACUGCAGUGGUGGUCGGUGAUGAUGAUGACAUCACAGACAUGACAAAAAGCACUUUGUUACAUGCAUAGCAUGACUCUGCAAGAUUUUCCAAACUGUAAUGAAAUCAAAGUGGACUGAGGAUGAGUCUCAUUUUCACCUGAGCGUACAGAAAGAGUCAUGACUGUCACAAUGGCACCUUUGGACUUCAGGAAGGUUUUGCGCCUUCUGACGUUCACGUUAUCGGCAAUAAUGAGGGAUAGAUUUAACACUGUUGUUUUAAAUAGGGCUUAGGCUCUGUGAGGAAGGAAGUGGUGUUCUAAGGGUUAAUUCAGUGGCUUUGCUUUGGCGUAAUGAGGUCUGCUCCACAAAGGGUCUGCUUUCAUAUUGUGGAAGUAUUCCCAAAAACUGACAAAAAGACGACGGUCGCCUGAUGCCACUAGUUCCACAUGUUGUAAGUUGGUUUUUCUGUUGUUUGAGAAUUGAUGCGCUGUGAUUGGUUGUGAGUCUGAGCAGCAGGCUUAGUGUGAAGGACCUGAUGCAGCACAGUGAAAACGAGGCACCACAUGUGUCUGAUGCUGAUGCUUAAGUCCUGCACUGAGCUGGAUAUUGACUGGUUGGUCUCGAUUUGUAGUUUUUGUGUAUGCAUGUUUCCAAUGGAGCCUAAUUGUAAGACCUGCGGUUGCCUGCACCUUUAAUUCAGGUGUUUGGAAGAGGUGGUUCAUUCAAACUAAGACUGUAUAACAUUUGAGCAAACGCUUGUCAUGUGACAGACCACAGUUUGAGCUAAAACCUGACGGUUAAAAGCAGCCAUGUUGAGAAACUGGACCAUGGAACAGCUCAGACUGCAGACACGUGCAGAAUUUCUGACCUUCCGGAAGUCGUCCAGCAGAUAGAUCAUUGAUCGAUCGGGAAAUUAAGUCGACGUAGACGUUUUUACCUAAAUCAGUCGCUCAGAAACUCAGAACUAGACCACCACAUUUUCAUAUCAGACAGUCUUAUGCAUAGUGAUUUGUAGUUUUGCAUUUGCAACCAAAACCAGUUCAUUUGUUUCUGCUUACCCUGAAUUUAACAGAGUAAAAGGAAACAGUUUGAGCAUCGAGACUGCGUUGGUUUGAAAAGACAGAGAACAUCUUUUCAACAGUAACAACUGCAGCACCUGUAGUGAUACUGAUACCUGUAGUGAAACUGAACUGCCAACUCCGUCAAACACGCUUGACUUCACCACAUCACGGACUGCAGCCAAUCACACGUUGCAUUAUAUUGAAGAAUGGGGUACGUGGGUUGCAAAAGGAGGAGUUUUGAUACGACUUGGUACUGUGUUAUUUUGGUCAGUACCUUCAAGGUGUCAAGUUCACGAUAGCCAGCUGUAGCAGACUGUGCUCAGUAUUUACCCCAGUAUUUACCCCACUUUGACUGUCACUGCUGUGUCUCACACUGAGCUUGGAAAAACGAUCGAUGUAACCUGGACAAACGUUACUUGGUUUUGGCAACCCGCC